GCGAAUCGAUUCACUGCCGCAGUCCGGCUCGGCAUCCAACCAUGGCAGACAAGACGAAAGUAGCUGAACAGUAUUACGCCCCACCUCCGGAUCUGGGGAAAUGGGAGUCCUUCCGAAUGUUCCUGUGGAACUCCGAGACGGGACAAGUGCUGGGUCGCACCGGAUCCAGCUGGGCAAAGAUACUUCUGUUUUACCUGAUCUUCUAUGCCGUUCUGGUGGGUUUCUUCGCGGCGAUGCUCGCCAUCUUCUACCAGACCCUUGAUUCGAAGAUGCCAAAAUGGCAGCUGGACGCAUCAAUUAUUGGCAGUAACCCAGGUCUUGGUUUCCGGCCGAUGCCCGACUCUGCUAACGUGGAGAGCACCCUCAUCUACUACAGAGCGAACGACAAGGGAUCCGUGCUCAAGUGGGCGUCAGUUGUUGACGAGUUCCUCGACCAAUACCGCAAGAAGGGCAGUGGAAGUGGCGAGGCUGCUGGAGCUGAGAACCGCGUGGCUUGCAGCCCGACCUCCGCGCAGUUGGGCGAGCGACAAGUGUGCGACGUGCCCGUCGAUGACUUCCAUCCCUGCACUUCAGCCAACCAGUACAAUUACGAGGAAGGUGGACCUUGCGUGUUCCUCAAGCUCAAUAAGAUCUUCAACUGGCUCCCAAAACCAUAUAACAACACUGAAGAUCUACCCAAAGAAAUGCCUGAAGACUUGAAGCAACACAUCAAGAUGGUGUCUGGUAAGCCUGAUGCAAACACGGUGUGGGUAUCGUGCGAGGGAGAGAAUCCAGCUGACGUGGAGAACAUUGGGCCGAUCCAGUACAUCCCUCGGCGAGGUUUCCCCGCCUUCUACUACCCUUUUACAAACAAAGAGGGAUACCUGAGUCCACUGGUUGCGGUCCUUUUCGAAAAACCAAGGACUGGCGUUCUCAUCAACAUCGAGUGUAAGGCGUGGGCGAAGAACAUCUUCUAUGACAGAUACGAGCGGCGCGGCUCGGUGCACUUCGAGCUGAUGGUGGACCGUGCCUAAACAUCUUGGUCGACUUGGCACCCAACAUUCUUUGGCCAUUUCUAGUCAACGUCCAACUAUACCGAUUAAGGUCUUCGCACAUUACACUGAAUCAACGUCGACUCCACUCUUACUCAACUCACAGUAUAUCAUAUAAGAAUGUAUUUGGCAUAUAGUAAGCUCAAAAUAUACGACGCGUGGUCCACGAGUUGUUCACCUAUUAACUGUCACCGACCCGUGUUACCCCUACAAUGUGCUUACGACAAGCGCGCGACGCAUUGGCAACUCGUCGCCCGUACAGAGUGGAAAAAAAGUACAAAGAACACACCACAAAGAAGAAUCUUCAUGGUUGAGGUCGAGCUAGUUGACAACACACUUCCCACCGUUGACGCCAAGUUGUCCACUGGUGACCGUCGCGUUGAUCUUAGUUGACAACUCGUUUAUACCUAUAGUUGGAAGGGUAUCGGAUUGGCGUUGGUUCGGUGUAAUGUGCGUAGACCUUUACUUUGCUCAUCAGCACAUAAUUUGAUUUCUGGAUUACGCUUCCUGUGUUUUUGUUCGUGCGUAAGAGUUGCCAAGUCAGUGAUGAAGACAAAUUACUAAAUGUUGGAUUGAUGUUGUUUACAGAUAUGAAUGGAUAGUGUCGUUUUAUCGUUGGCUUACGCGAUACUCUUACGUACUCUGUGUGUAUGUGUAACGUUGAGCGUGGCGUGACUCAUUUACGUCCAACUCCAUUAAAACAAGCACUGCCAACAUCGGCCAAAGAGUUGAGAUCGGCCAAGUUAUGACCAAUACGCCAAUUGGUUAAGUUUCUAUUAAGACCAGUUGGCCAUGGCUGCCAUGGUGAGGCCGGCCGCCGGCUGCCGUUACAUUUCUAGCAAUAGCUGCCUCUUAGACGGCACUUAAUUUAUAUUCGUUUUAGAAUAGCCAUAAGGCGCCACAUGAAAUUUCCUUUACACGCUUAACGUUUUUAAAUAAAAUAAUGUUUAAUAUUGUAAUGUUUUCUGGACGGUGAGUCAAUAAAUAUGCAAUAGUUGGUUCCAAUUUAGAUUUU